AUGGUAGAGAGGAGGCUAAGCCAACCAGGGAUGAGGCGUUUUUUGGUUGAUAGAAGGACUUGUCCUGAUGUUGGUGGAAGUAAUGAACCUGAAAGACAUACAAACAUAGAAGAGCCACAUGAAGCUCCAGGUCAUCCGGAACCAGAACCAAACAUGGACAAUUUCACCAGCAAUCUUCUAGAGUUGAUUGAUUUUCUAAAAGACAACAAUGAAGAAGUCAGGAAUGCCUAUGAUCGAGGUGGCUUAAAUUGUAAGAUGACUUCCCAUGAUAUCCAAAAGGAUCUUGCAAGGUGUUGUGCAGAAGAAAUAACUGAAGCAAUUAUGGAAGAGAUUGGUAAUAGGCCAUUCUCUAUUCUCAUUAAUGAAUCACGUGAUAUAUCAGUGAAAGAGCAAAUUGCUAUUAUUUUAAGUUUUAUUAGUGUUUUUUUAAUUGGUGCACUACUGCAGGACUCGGUGAUAAAGGUCCUUCAAAUAGUUCAUGAAGAUGGACGAGUGCCAAAUCAAGCAGCUGGGGAGGUGUCGUUACCCGGAGGGAAGGUGGAGGAUGGGGACGCAGAUCCGAAGGCCACAGCUCUACGGGAGGCGAAGGAGGAGAUUGGACUGGAUCCGGCCCUUGUUUCUGUUGUUACAGUUCUUGAGCCUUUCAUAUCAAAGAAUGGCCUCAAUGUUGUUCCUGUAAUUGGCAUGGUCUCAGAUAAAGCCUUAUUCAAGCCUGUCUUAAAUAAAGCUGAAGUGGAGGACAUCUUUGAUGCACCUCUGGAGAUGUUUCUAAAGGACGACCACCGGAGGACAAAACAAAUGAAUUGGAUGGGCAUUGAUAUUCCUGUCCAGUUUUUCGACUACGAGGCAGGCGGCAAAAAGUUUGUGAUUUGGGGCUUAACUGCACACAUCGUGACGCGUGCGGCGGCAGUGAUUUUUGGGAGGAAACCAUCAUUUGACGAACUUCCCAGACCCAAAUAUGCAAGUGCACCUGUUGCUGGCACUAACGAGUCCAAACCCUGA